AUGGAUGAGCCAUCGAAGGAACUCAUCCUCAACCUUUUACACCAGGAAGCUCAGCAAGAAAUUGAGAGUCGGAAGGGUAAGCAAAAGGCCGGCGUUCUCUCGGAUUGGGAGCUAGCUCUCAGCGAGUGGACAAGCGAGCUCCGGCAAUGUUCCCAAGACCUUCAAGACCACAGAAUGGCCCGGAGCGUUGCGAAAGCAGUCUAUGAUGACAGCGUGGCUCUGGCGGUUGCCGUACAGGAGGAGUGCAGGGCACUCGCGGACAGGAUAACGGCUUUACGCCUCGGAGGGCAGUUGCAGCUAGCCCAGAGCCAACCACAGCAGCUCCUUGCUGCGGAAGCGACCAGGGAGGCAAACAAGAUGCUGGAGAGCUCAUACCUCACGUUUCAACAGGCCGAGUCGAUGUCUGCGGAUGCUCAAAGCUGCGCCAUGCUUGCAUUAUUACUGUCGAACACAUCAAAGCUUGUCGAGGACUCUCUCAUCGGCGAGUCGCUUUCCCCUCCUCGUUGCUGCCGCAUGCCGACCCUUUUGUCCCCCGUGCGAGGCUAUCUAGGCCAAGGGUUAGCUAGACAAUAUGAAGAGAAGGGAAUGGAACACGAAGACUCACACCGAACUUAUUGCUCAAAUGCAGCAUGCGCGACCUACCUUAUGCCAUUUCAAGUGCAGGGCUACAUUGGUACAUGCAAAAACUGUCGCCAGCAGACAUGCACUUUGUGUAUACGACAAGCCCAUCCUUGUGCCCAAUGCCGCAAUUUUGUCGAGCUGGGAACAGGCUGCAACCAUAUCACGUGCCGCUGCAGGUAUGAGUUUUGCUACGUCUGCGGAACCAAGUGGAAGAAACUGCUACUCCGAGCCCAGCAUGUUGCCGGCCGGGACCAAGUCGAACCUCCUGCUCCGGCCGAGGUGCAGCGGGUGGCACAAGACUUGCUGGAGCGCCAUAAAUGCGAUCAUGAAAGCUGCUGGAAACGUAUCAAUCGAGGACAAGUGUGUGAAGAGUGUCAUGAAUAUCUUUCAGCUUUCAUACUUGAAUGUCGUCAGUGCCAUCUACGGGCUUGUGUACGCUGCAAGCUGAACCGUCUUUAA